GUGGACACGCCGCAUAAAAAUUAUUCCGCACCGCUUUGGCCAUGCGAGCCCCGCAACUGCUGUCUGGAGCCGUCUGAACGUAUUUGACACCAGUUAACGGAGCGGGAAAUGUGAUUGAGCGAUAAUUAAGAUGUAUGGAAACCUUAACGAUAGCAACGGAGAGCGAACCUGAAUUGGUGACCAGCUAACUGCGAAUGGCCUGCCAGUCUGUUGCUGCUAUCAUGGAUGAGCAAGCCCUGCUGGGGCUCAACCCCAAUGCUGACGCCAGAUACAGGCAGCGGGCCAUUGCAUAUUUUGAGCAACUUAAGGAGUCUCAAGAUGCUUGGGAAGUGUGUGCAGAGGCCAUAGCCAAAGGAAUUUAUAAUGACGACCAUGUGAAGUUCUUUUGCUUCCAAGUCCUGGAGCAUCAGAUCAAGUACAGACAUGCUGGCCUAAGUGCUGUUCAGCAGCAGCUCAUCAGAGAAACCCUGAUGAAAUGGCUCCAGUGUCAGCUGAUGAAUGUCCAGCCUGAGAAGCCCUUCAUCCGCAACAAGGCUGCCCAGGUAUUCGCCCUGACUUUUGUUAUGGAGUACUUGACCCUUUGGCCCAAGUUCUUCUUUGACAUCUUGUCGCUGGUUGGGCUGAGCCCACAUGGUGUAGACAUCUACCUACGAACCCUCAUGGCCAUUGAUGCUGAAGUGGUUGACCGGGACAUCCUUCAUACACCGGAGGAAACCCGCAGGAAUACCUUGAUCAAAGACACUAUGAGAGAACAGUGCAUCCCCAGUCUGGUAGAGUCCUGGUACCAGAUCCUGCAAGCCUACCAGCAGUCCCAUCCUGAACUGACCUGCCAGUGUCUGGAGGUGGUGGGGGCCUAUGUGUCCUGGAUCGACCUAAAUCUCAUUGCCAACGAUAGGUUUGUGAAUUUGCUGCUGAGUCAUAUGUCUAUAGAGGAGCUGAGAGAAGAGGCCUGUGACUGCCUGUUCGAGAUAGUAAACAAGGGGAUGGACCCUGUGGACAAAACCAAGCUUGUGGAAUCUCUGUGCCAAGUGUUACAGUCUGCUGGUUUCUUCAAUAUUGAACAGGAGGAGGAUGUGGACUUCCUUGCCAAGUUUUCGAGGCUGGUGAAUGGAAUGGGCCAGAGUCUUGUGCUGAGCUGGACUAAGCUGGCCAAGGCAGGCAACGUAAAGCUUGCUGCAGAGACAUUGCAGGCUGUGGAGGCCAAGGUGCCGCUGCUGCUACAGCUGCUGGUGCACGAGGACGACGACAUCUCGGCCAACAUCGUGGGCUUCUGUUACGAAUAUCUGCAUGUUCUCAAGCAGGUCCCCCAACUGACAGACCAGCAGAAAGCAAAUGUGGAGGCAAUCAUGCUUGCUGUCAUGAAGAAACUUACGUAUGAUGAUGAGUACAACUUUGAAAAUGAAGGAGAAGAUGAGGCCAUGUUUGUGGAAUACAGGAAGCAGUUGAAGAUGUUGUUGGAUCGUCUGGCCCAAGUGUCUCCUGAGCUGCUGCUUGAAGCUGUGCGCAGAGUCUUCAGCAAUACCAUGCAGAACUGGCAGACAGCUCUGUUUAUGGAGGUGGAGGUGGCCAUCAGACUGGUUUACAUGUUGGGUGAGGCUCUGCCUGCCUCCCAUGGUACUCACUUCUCUGGGGAUACAGCCAAGACAAGUGCCCUGCAAGAAAUGAUGCGGACGCUAGUCUCCUGUGGCGUUAGUGGAUACCAACACACCUCAGUAUCUCUGGAGUUCUUUGAAACUGUUGUUCGAUACGACAAGUUCUUCAUUGUGGAGCCCCAGCACAUUCCACAUGUUUUGAUGGCAUUUCUGGACCAAAGAGGACUGAGGCAUAGCAGCCCUAAGGUCAGGAGCAGGGUGGCGUACCUCUUCUCAAGAUUUGUGAAAACACUGCACAAGCACAUGAAUGCCUUUAUUGAAGACAUCCUCACUAGAAUACAGGACCUGCUAGAACUCGCUCCCCCUGAAAAUGGUUUCCCAGCACUGUUGACCAGCGAUGACCAACUGUUCAUAUUUGAGACUGCAGGGGUGCUAAUUGUGAAUGGGGAGAGUCCUGCAGAGAGGAAACAGGUCCUAAUGAGAAGUCUGCUGACCCCUCUAAUGGAUGCCUUCCGCCUCAUGCUCGCCAAACUAUCCCAAGAGACGGAAGAGGAGAGGCAGACUUUUCUAGCUGACUGCCUGAGCCAUGCCGUGGGCUUUGCAAGUCGCACCAGCAAGGCUUUCAGCAACAAGCAGACGGUGAAGCAGUGUGGCUGCACGGAGGUGUACAGAGACUGUCUGCAGACCUUCCUGCCGGCUCUGAGCUGCCCUGUCCAGAGGGGCGCUUUACGCAGUUCUGUACGCUCCUUCUUGCACCGAAUGAUCAUCUGCCUAGAGGAGGAGGUCCUGCCCUUCAUCCCCGCAGCAUCCGAGCACAUGCUGAAGGACUGUGAGGCCAAGGACCUGCAGGAGUUUAUCCCCCUCAUCAGCCAGAUCACCGCCAAGUUCAAGAGUCAGGUUUCUCCAUUCCUGCAGCAAGUGUUCAUGCCUCUGGUGCUGGCCAUCUUUGAGGUUCUGGCCCGGCCUGCAGAGGACAAUGAUCAGGCGGCUGCCCUGGAAAAGCAGAUGCUAAGGAGGAGCUACUUCACCUUCAUCCAAACCAUUGCAAGCAGCGGCAUGAACGAGGUCAUGGCCAGCCAGGGGGUUGAAAACAUUGAGCGGGUUCUCUUCACAAUUAUCCAGGGCACAAUGGACUUUCCUGAUCCCAUUGCUCAGAAAACAUGUUUCAUUGUCCUCUCCAAACUGGUGGAGCUGUGGGGGGGUAAAGAUGGCAUGGUGGGGUUUCCUGACUUCAUAUAUAAACAUAUUGUUCCUGCCUGCUUCCUGGCUCCUCUGAAACCAACAUUUGACCUCACGGAUGCUCAGACCGUUCUGACUCUAUCGGAGUGUGCUCUCACACUGAAAAUGAUCCAUCUAAAAAGGGGGCCUGAGUUUAUCCAGUUCCUGCAGCAAGAGUAUCUGCCAUCACUGCAAGUGUCACCCGAAAUCACACAAGAGUUAUGUCAGGUGCUUCAACAGCCAGAUGUCAAAGUGCUGAAAAGCUACAUUAAGGCAUUUUUUCAGCGAGCCAAACUGUAGGAGGGAAAACAUGAACUGGAAGCUAGCUGAAGGGACACUGCGGAGAGCAAGCGGAUGUUUGUGCCACUUUCAACGAAAAAAUUGAACCUAGCAUAGGAGCUGCUUUUGCACUUAAACAGUAGUUGC